UGGAAGCGGCGGAGGCUGAAGCGGGAAGAGAAACAUUCGCUGAAACAAGGAAAGUUACGUGCAGCGCUCACACAGCGUCAGAAGAACCGGAAAGAUGUAAAGUUUUAUAAAGUCGUGAAUCCGGAACAUUCUUAUGUAAAAGAAGAGGAGCAGCUUUGUUCUCCCCGUUCUUCCGUUAACUGGCUGUUUGUUUGCUAGCUAAAAUAAACGGAGUGAAGCGUCAACAGGUUGCUCGUUUGCAGCAUCUUUCAAUGGCCUCAGCAGGUUGGCAGCAUCCUUACGUGAAUAUAUUCAAACAUGUUAAAGUUGAGGAAUGGAGAAAGUCGGCCAAAGCUGGAGAUGUGUCCUCUUAUAUGGACAAGACAUUGAAGUGUCCGGUGUUUCGGAUCAAGGGUCCCGUUCCCACCAACAGCUACAUCCUAGUACCCAAAAACACCGAGCACUCUCUGGGGCUGACCGGGCACUACUUCUAUCUUCUCUUCAGGCCCACUCCUGGGAAAUACUUCAUGGUCCACCUUGAUGUCGCUGUGGAGGAGGGCCAGGUGGUCCGGAUCUCCUUCUCCAACAUGUUCAAAGAGUUCAGGUCCACGGCUACAUGGCUUCAGUUUCCAUUCCUUUGUGGAGCGGCGAAGGAUUCAGUUUAUGAAAACACCUCGAGAUCUGCACGGCAUGGUUUAGUGGGUCCUGCUCCCACCUCAGUGCGUUGGACCUGCCUGAUGAUGGAUCUGCGCUUCACUCUUUCUGUCUACCUCAAUCGUCGCUACAGUCACCUGAAGAGCAUCAGGCUUUGUGCAAACAUGGUGGUGAAAAACAUGUUCACCAGCGACCUGCUGCUGGAUCCGGGAGUUUCCUUCAGAGAAGCAAAGCAAAGAGGUCUGUCUUCCUCUCAGGGAACAGGUCCGAUUCCCAGAGAAAUGUCAUUCCCAGUUCCUAAAGGAAGCUCCUGGGAGGACCUGUAUGAUCACAUAAAGUUUCCCUCAGAAGGCACAAAGCUACCAUUUGACUCCAUUCAAAAAGACGAUCUAAAGCCAAAAGCUAGAAGUUCUUCAAACGAAAGAAGCCCAGUAACAGACGAGUGUCACUUUGCCAAAAUCAGCAGAUCGGUUCAAGACCGAGUUUCCCUCAGUCAGCAGAUCACCAUCCCAAAACUACCACCAAGAAAUCAAACAGCUGUGGUGUCCAGCAUGCUCAAGUUGAGUAUGUUGUCUUCUCAGCCGAAGGACUGGCCUUGCCUUGAUGAUGGCCUGCGACCGGAUUCAACCCACUUCAGUUCACAGCGUGUCUCAUCCCGGCCACGCCGUGGGACAGAUGAUGGUGGAAUUCAUCUGUAUGUGCAUCCUGAAGAUGCUCUCAGCGUACACGGAGAAGAAAGUGAAGAUGAGGUGGUGUGUACUACCGAGUCACAUCCUGUGUCUUUGCCCUCUUUCAAAGAAAGCAAACAGCAGAAGCUGCUGCCCGACCCAAUCCUCAGGCUCAGUCGAAUCAUUGGCUUUGGAGGAGCCACUACUAGACAUGUUCUUUGGACCAAAGCGGGGGAUGCAGCGGUGUAUCCAUGUCAUGCAAUUAUUGUAUCUAUGAAGAUUCUGUCUAACGAGCAGAGAUUCUUCAUCGGCCACACUGAUAAGAUUUCUGCACUGACCUUUAAUGGAAACACAACACUACUGGCCUCAGCACAAAGUGGCAACAAUAGCAUGGUCCGAGUGUGGAACUAUAAUCAGGGAACCUGUCUGACGAUGUUCAGGGGUCAUGCUCAUUCUUUAUGCUGUCUGAGUUUCUCGUAUGGAGGUGGCAUUCUCUGUGGAGUGGGUAAAGACGGACACAAUAAAACGAUGGUGGUGGUGUGGAACACUAUGAACGUUUCUAAAGGUGGAGAUGUGACCAUCAUAACCAAAGCGCACACAGAUGUGGACAUUACUACCAUGAAGGUUGCCUUCUUUGAUGAUACCAGGAUGGUGUCAUGUGGUCGUGAAAAUAUCCGUCUGUGGAGAGUUCGGAACGGAACCUUGCGGUCCUGCCCGGUCAACCUUGGCGAGUACCACUCACUGGACUUCACCGAUGUGACCUUUGAGGAGGGGAUCUCCUCUGAUCAGCAUAUUGAUGACCGAACGCUAUUCGCCUGCACUCGAAGUGGCCAUAUUUUUGAGAUAGACUACAGCAGAGUAGCCGUUAAAAAUGUAAGGAGGUUGUUGCCUGGACCCCAGCAGCAUGCAGACCGCAGGGAGAAACCCACUUUUAACACUGGUCCUGGAGUCGCCAUCAACAGCAUCAGUGUGUCUCCAUCAUUCUGUGCUACCGGCUCUGAAGAUGGCUUCCUGCGGCUCUGGACCCUUGAUUUCUCUGCUGUCAUUUUAGAGGCUGAGCACGAAGGAGCAGUGAGCAAGGUGAUGGUGUCAUUUGACGGCCUGCAGGUGUUGGCAGCCACAUCCACGGGAAACCUGGGCUUCCUGGAUGUGAGCAGCCGCGGCUACAACACUCUAAUGAGGUCCCACGCAGACACCGUGUUGGGCUUCAGCGUGGACGGCAUUCGGCGCCAUCUAACCACAGCCUCCGCCGAUGGAACGAUUCGCGUGUGGAACAUGGAUUCCUUGCAUCAGCUGUAUGAUUUUGUAUCGGAAGACAACCCUUGCUCCGUGGCGUUUCAUCCACAUGAGCAGACCUUCUCUUGUGGCUUCAGCUCCGGAACCGUCAGAGUUUUUGACAUUUCCAGUGCCAAGCUGUUGGCCGAGCACAAGCAGCACCGAGGGGAAGUGAUUGGUCUGACCUUUUCUUCAGAUGGGGAGUUCAUGUUCAGCGCUGAUUCAGAGGGAUCUUUGGCGCUUUAUACCGCCUCUGAGGAGGAUCACAGUGUAACCAGAGUGGCAUGUAACGUAGUGGCUCGAGGCACUGAGCGUGCUCCAGACGCCCUCGCAGUCAGCAGUGACAGCAGCCGGCUGGCGUUUGUUGGUCCCUCGUCGUACAUCGUCACCAUCGCUGAUGCUCGGUCUCUAGAUGAGCUGCUCCAUGUAGAUGUGAGUAUUUUGGAUGUGGAAAGCCCCCAGUUGGAUUCAGCGCUGAAGGUCUGCUUCUCUCCGGCCUCCGCUGAACUUUUGCUCAUCACCACAUCUGCACACAAGAUCCUUUGGCUCAGCACCAAGACAGGCCGUCUGCUCAGACAGGUGUCCAAGGUGCACCAGCAUCCAUGCUCUUCUCUGGCUGUGAGUGAAGACAGUCGCUUCCUCCUGACGUCUGGACACAAUGCUGUGAAAGUUUGGGAUUAUAACAUGACUCAUCACGUUAACUCACAGAUGUUUAUAGGCCACAGUGAGCCUAUUCGCCAGGUCCGCUUCACCCCUGACCAGCUCGGGGUCGUCUCAGUGGGAGAUGCCAUAUUUCUUUGGGACUUCCUGGCAGAUCCUGUUGAAUGUUUAACUGACAGUAGCUCCCAGUUUAAAGCAAGCCCCAGCUCACCUCUGGCAGCAGACACUGAAGUGAAUAGAGCACAGCUGUCCAAUGGGAUGCCCCGGCAGACGGCUCCCCUCCCCUCCUCACAGCACCAACUGGAUGCCAGCGCUAUGGACCCAGUUAUUCAGGGAGGUCUGGGUUUCCUUUCUGUUUGUGAAGAUGACCCAGCAAAGCCAGUUCAAACUACUGGUCCAAGUCAGAGCUCUGAUUCCAGACCUGCCGUUUCCUUUCUCAAAGUCACCAACCUGGACAGCUUUUCCCCCCUGAAUGCACAUCACAUGGACACCAUGGAGCUGAGUCAGAACAAACCAGUGCGUCCAGAUUGCUAUAAACACUAUAUUCCUCAUUUAAAGACCUCCUCUCUGGAUCAGUCCAUUGCAGCUCCUCAGCCUCAGGAUGAAGGCAUAAAGCUUAAAGCAGUGAUUGGCUACAAUGGCAAUGGUAGAGGCAACAUGGUCUGGAGCCCUGAUCAAGGGUUGUUUGCAUACUCUUGUGGCUGUGUGGUGGUGGUGGAGCAUCUUCAUACAGGAACCCAGAGACACCUGCAGGGCCACAGCAAGGAGAUCUCCUGUCUUGCUAUUUCAAAUGAUGCCCAGACCAUGGCAUCCGCAGCUGGAGGUCCUAACAGCAGAAGCCUAAUCUACAUCUGGGAUGUUCAGGCUGGAACUUGUCGUAGCACCGUCUCCUACCAUAAGGGGGCAGUGCAAAGCCUGGCCUUCUCUAGGGAUGACCUCUUCUUCCUCUCUGUUGGAGACUUCUCAGAUUCAGGGUUGGCGCUGUGGAGGACGGAGAACUUCCAGUUGUUAUCUACAGUGAAUAUGUCUGGACCAAUCCACGAAGCAGCUUUUAGCCCCUCAGCAGCCAGUCAGAUGGCAUGUGUGGGGAGUCAUGGGGUCUACUUCUGCCUCAUCCACACACACGCUUCAAACGCAGACAUCAAGGUCCAAAGGGUGUCGGCUCCGUCAGAGGUGGGUGAUGUGGAGCUGACAGCACUGUGCUACCACAUGGACUCCUUUCUGUUAACAAGCUCAAACCAAGGACAUGUUUGCGCAUGGGACAUUAGCAAGCAGAGCUGCUUUAUGAUCUGGAAAGCAGAUGAUGGAGAAAUUGGAGUGCUGCUUUGUCGAGGGAAUCGCUUGCUGACGGGCAGUAACACCCACUGGCUGCGGUUAUGGGAAGUAGAAGCUGUACAGGGCCUGAGGUCUGCAGAAAACAUCUGCAGGAUAAAUGGUGAGACAAAGGUGGUCGUGGAGCAAGAGAUAAUGCUGGACGGGACGAUGGUCAGUGCAGCCUUCGAUACCUCUAUGGACAUGGGCAUUGUGGGCACCACAGCAGGAACCCUCUGGUACAUCAACUGGUCCGACAACAGCAGCAUCCGUCUGGUCAGCGGGCACAGGUCAAAGGUCAACGAUGUUGUUUUCAGCUCUGAUGAACACCACUUUGCCACCUGCAGCGAAGACGGCAGUGUGAGGGUGUGGUCAACCUCCAGCUAUGAACUGGUGGUGCAGUUCCAGGUGAUCAACCAGGCCUGUGGCUGUUUGUGUUGGAGUCCCUCUUCUAGCGGAGACAGCUCAAGUAUCGCGGCAGGAUACGGCGACGGGACUCUGAGGAUUUUCCGGCUCGCUUCGACAGACAUGGAAAUGAAGCUGCAUCCUCAUUAUGUGGCUGUUACUGCUGUCACUUACUCUGCCAGUGGUCACGUGAUCCUUUCAGCAGGAAAGAACGGCCUGGUAGCUGUGAGCAGCUCAAUAAGUGGAGCAACAAUUCGUGUCAUCAGGGACCAUAAAGGAGCAACAAUAAACUCAGUCCAGUGUGUGAAUGAACAGUGCAAGAAGUUUGGACUGGAAGGAAAUGAGAUGUUUCUGGCUGCCGGUGCCGACAGACGGGUCAGUGUGUGGGCCACCGACUGGUCGAAGGAGAAGUGUGAUCUGCUGGACUGGCUGUCGUUUCCUGCUCCGUCCAACUCUGCGGAUGACAGUUUGCCGCCCAGCCUGGCUGCUUUCUACCCAGCAGAUCAUAGCCUGCUGGUCUAUACCGGCUAUGGAGUGGAGAAGGAGCUCUCGUUUUACAGCCUGGCUAAAAAACAAAUAAUUAAAAAGAUCUCCCUGACCCACUGGGCCACAUGCAUUAGCCUGUCUUCUAAGAGUCGUCUCCUAGCUGUAGGAUCCAGAGAGCGAGUGUUGAAGCUGAUCAAGUCAACCAGUGGAAAGUUUCAGGACUUCCUGCAGCACAGCGACUCGCUGCAGACGUGUCGUUUCUCUCCCUCUGGGAUGCUUCUUUUCUCUGCAGCAUAUAAUGAGGUUCUGCUCUGGGAGGUGCCGGGCCUCUGACCACAUCUUCUAUUUCUGAACAUGUAGCAUUGUAGAGAUUAUUGUUUUGAUUUUAUCGUUUUGUGGAGUUUUUAUGAAUCUAUUUGUGAUUUUUACAUGUACGGUUUUAAAAAUAAAGCCUUUUUAUAGGAGA